CUCUCUCUCUCUCUCUCUCUCUCUCUUGGGCUCACACUCACUUCACUCACUCGCUCUUUUUUAUUCUCGCGUGUCUGUCAAACCUAGACCCGGUUUUUUUGUUGUGCACCGCCAAACCCCAAGCAUCGGUCCAAAAGAGGCACCACCGUCCAAAAAAGCAACCCUUUCUCCAUCACGACUUUCCUUUUUAGUGGCGUGCCAAUCGAUACAUUUUCGUCUCCCUCCCACUUCGCAUAUUGGCCGAGGUCAGCCUUCUUCGAAGCCACGGUUAUACGAUCUAAGGACAAAACCGCAAUCGUCCUUGCUUUUGGCCCCAAUAACACGGUUGCUUCUGGCCCGACCCAGCCCCGCGCCGUCUUCCAGGCCCGUGGCAGAACGGCUAAAUCGCGCCACGGCAAAUCCGCCUCCCCAGCUACUACUCCUUGGCACUAGAACCUAGGAUAUUAGGAUCUCGGACAAGCUCGACUUCUCGCCAUUCCACACGAUUUAGCUUCUCCCAACAGCGCCGCUUCAUGCCUUCAAUUGCGAGAUAGCGACAUUCGGCUCGCCUCAAGAGGAUAGAGAUAAAAAGAAGACAGCCGAGUGAAGAGAAACGGAUAGCAUUCAAAGAUGGAGCCCGUUCCAGAGACAGAGAGAAUGGAAGCCUUCAGGUCUUCGCCUUUGCCCAUGCUCCGACUACAUAGUCUUUCAGAGAUUGCGGAGUUCGAGCUGCCCCAAAAGCCGCCCACCGUCCGUCGAUGCACCGAGCCGGCAUCACCAAGCUCGCCUUCCUGGACCAUUCCCGCGAACCUCCCAUACCGCCCAAGGACCACUUCACCACUCAGCGGCAUCUCGCACCACACCCGUUCAAGAUCAGCCGCUAGCACGCUCGCCCCUCCCAUGAUCCGCACUCAGUCGUUGCCUGGUGCCAACGGCGCCGGCCACAUACUUUUUUCUCCUCAGCGCAGCUCCAGCCCGUCGCGGUCACCCAUCAGGCCGCAGCAGGUGAGGCUUCCCAGGAAGCCAGCCGACGAGGCCUUUCCAACAUCACCGACACGUAUCUCGGUUUUUGACCAGGAACGCAGAGUUACCGAGCGGAAUAGCGUCCCAAAUCUUAGCUUUGCAGGAUCAUCGGUCCCCUUGGCCCGCGUACGGCGGCCGGCUUCACCGCUACGCCACGUCAACAUCCUGGGCGGCGCUAGCGCCUCCGGAGCUUCCUCUCCUACCACACCUUCAUCCUCUUACAGGUCUUAUGACUCCAUCUCCAGCUACACGUCGGCCACGUCUAUGACUUCCUCGAUUCCCUCCACGCCCACUUCGACGAGAUCCCGCAGUCCUAGCAUUUCUAGUUUGGAGACGAUUCCAGAUUCACCCGAUGCUGAGGAGGCAGCUUUGGAGGCGGAGAGAAUCGCGCAGUUGAAGGCUGCUGCCGAUGCCGCCGACCGGGCCGAAGGUUCCGAAACCAAGGGCCGUUCGAGCCUAGAUGUUCCAUCUAGAGGCAGAACCUUGGGUGGCUUCGGUUCAAGAGACAAGCGCAAGCGGUGGAGUGUCUGCGGCGCUGAACGACGUGGGGAUAUUGACUUGGAGACUGUUUGGGAGGAGUGAUCUACAUAAAUCACGCCAUCCAAAUAAUGGACUCAACCCGACAUGAUUGCCACAGAUUGUUAUGAAUUGACGGCACCCCGAGGUCUGGGCGCACAGAAGCCUUCCUCGUGAUGAUGGUAUUUGUUUUGUUGUUCUUCCUUUUUUGGUCUUUCGAUGCAUAUAAUUUUUCACCUCCGUGUUUUGGGGGUGAGAAUUUGGAGUUAUGGAGCUUGCACCGGUCUGAUACCCUUUACUGCAUCUGCAUUUCAUUCAAAGGGGUUUACUUACACUUGGCAUGAAAUGUAUCUUUACGGAUUAUAUGAUUCUUUUUCUCGUCUUUUUUUGUUCAGACCGUUGCUCAUUGUCUUUUAUGACGCUCUGGCUGUGCUUUUUUUUGUCACACUCUUCUUUUUCGUAAGGGCGAAACUUGAGAAUUUGCGCCGCACGAAAAUAGAUAAAUUGAGUUCUUGUCUCUUACGAUUUGCUCCCUGGCACUGUCUUGUCGCUCCCACCACUGUCGUUGCUCCCU